AUGGCCCUGAAAAUCAAUCAGGAAGAGAUACAUAGCUACAUUAAGAAGUUCUCCGCGGGCCACCGCUGGAUCCAGGAGUUCAAGAAAAGCAACGAAUCUACUUUCACUUCAAAUAAAAUCUACCCGGACAGCGAGCGGCUCGCGUGUGCAGCUCAAGAAUUGUUCGCACUAGAUGCAUUGCGCCAGAUCUUUAGCGCCAGAGGGCAUGCAGCUACUACGCAUUCGUUUACAGUAAUGCCAACAAUUUUUGCUGAUGGUCAAAUGAGGCAGAAGUUAUUUGUAGAGAAGGGUAGAAAUUUUCCAAAUAGAGGUUUCUUCCAAGCUCACCUAGAGGUGCGCGCUAAUACCACGCACAUGAUGAGCAAGGAACUACUGCUGGAGUUUAUAAAAACAUGCAUAGCGUCGCCCUCUUCACCACCUGAGGCAAUGCUUUUGGUGAAUUCCUGGACCUCUUUCAGAGACUGCGAAGCCAUUCUAUCCGUCCUGCCUGAAGGAAAACGCUCGAAGAUUAAGACUAUUUCGCACGGUACCACGGCCCAGUUACAGCCUCUUGACGUUUAUUUUUCUUGCCUUUUGAGGCAUGUAUAAGA